UGGCGAAGGCGGUGCUUUUCCCUCCUCCUGACUCAGAAGUAACACUGGCGGGCCUUCGUUGCUGUUUUUGAAUCAUACUCAUCGAAAGGGCAACUUUUGGCACCGUUGCAGUUCAAAUAUACGAAUAAACCAUAAUAAGGGACGUUUUGUGAGGCGCGUACAGAGUGAAAGGAGGGCGCGCUCCCCUCACACAGACAGGCCGUCAUGAAGCUCACCGACAAUGUGCUGCGUAGCUUCAGGGUUGCUAAGGUUUUUAGAGAAAACUCAGACAAAAUUAACUGUUUCGACUUCAGUUCAAACGGUGAAACGAUUAUUUCCAGUAGCGACGACGACUCCUUGGUGUUGUAUGACUGCCAGGAGGGAAAACCUAAGAGAACUCUCUACAGUAAAAAGUAUGGAGUGGAUCUGAUCAGGUACACACACGCUGCUAACACGGUGGUCUACAGUUCCAACAAAAUUGACGAUACAAUCCGAUACCUCUCCCUUCAUGACAACAAAUACAUCCGCUACUUUCCUGGGCACAACAAAAGAGUGACUUCUCUCUCCAUGUCUCCUGUGGACGACACGUUUAUUUCUGGCUCAUUAGAUAAAACUAUCAGACUAUGGGAUCUGCGAUCGCCCAACUGUCAGGGUCUCAUGCACCUUCAAGGGAAGCCGGUGUGCUCCUUUGAUCCAGAGGGUCUCAUUUUUGCAGCUGGAAUAAAUUCAGAAAUGGUUAAACUUUAUGAUCUGCGGUCGUUUGACAAGGGUCCGUUUGCAACCUUCAAGCUUCAGUAUGACCGGACGUGCGAAUGGACGGGACUCAAGUUCAGUAAUGAUGGAAAACUCAUUCUUCUCUCAACUAAUGGCGGAGCUCUUCGCAUCCUUGAUGCUUUUAAGGGCGCUGUACUACAUUCCUUUGGGGGCUACAACAACAGUAAAGGUGUAACACUGGAGGCAUCAUUCACACCUGAUUCUCAGUUUGUUAUGAUUGGUUCUGAAGACGGAAAGAUCCACGUGUGGAACGCAGAGAGCGGUAUGAAGGUGGCUUUAUUAGAUGGGAAGCACACGGGGCCGAUCACCUGCCUGCAGUUCAACCCCAAGUUCAUGACGUUUGCAAGUGCCUGCUCCAACAUGGCAUUCUGGCUCCCCACCAUUGACGAUUGAAGACGAAGGAGUGAGGUCAGGACUUCUGUUGAAGGCCAAAGUGGAAACAAAGUGACCAGCAGGGGUCAGCACCACCAGCUCUGUGUGACUUUCACAGGAAAAGCGUUAAGUCCAAUUAAAAUUGUAAAUAAGUUGUUUCCAGAACUUAGAUUGUUUGUCUAUUCUUUUUUUAUAUAUUUCUAUUUAACAUUAAAAAAAAAUCUUGGUAAAAAAUGAGUUUUGUCAUUUUUUUUAAUAACUUGGAUUUGUGUUUUUAACAGGUGACCACUAAGAGAUUAAAUGUGACAUGAGAUUUGUCAGACAAUUUUAGAGCUACAGAAAAUAUCACACUGAAAAUGAAAAUGUUUUUGUCUUU